AUGCCACCUACGUCUCAGAGCCCUCCGUUGGCGAGUAUUUUGGUAGCCCGCUUCUUACGAAGCAACAACUACGCCGAGACUCUUAAUGCAUUCAUCCGUGAAGCGGGAUUGCCCGCCGACGCGGGGCAAGUAACAGACAGCAAAGAAGACAACUGGACGAUCGAGGGCGUACUCGAGGAGAAGAAAGCCUUCGACCAGACUCUGGGAUUCGAACGGUACGGCGAAGAGGAAAAGGAUGAGUGGAGCGUUCCUGCACCUUCCAACCCCAAGCUCAUAGAGACACCAACAUCAUCAAACAUCCUCGCCUGCUCCGUGGAUCCAUGGAGACACCCCGAUAGCACCGAGGACAACAACCCAUCUCGUCUCAUAGCCACAGGCGCAGACAAACAGCUCCAUCUCUUCCAGACAGAAGCCGACAAUGCCACCCUCAGCUCACUCCCAAGACUCUCCGAGUCCCCAAUCCUCUCAUACGCGCCUAUCCGCAAUGGAGAAUACGUCUGUCUAACCAACAUGUCGGGCCAGCUGCUUCUACAACGGAACGCGGAGAUCCUCGACAAAAGAAAAGACCACGCCAAGUACGCCGUCAAAAUAGUCGCAUUCGAAGACAACGACUCCGCCACAUGGGUAGCCACAGCCGGCUGGGACUCCAAGAUCAAUAUCUACCGUCUCGAUCUCGCCAACGAAGCGAUCGGCGAGCCCGUCGCAUGCAUCACUCUAGCCUCCAACCCGGAGUCGUUGCUCUUCGUCCAACACCCCGAUACCAAGGAACUGCUUCUGCUGGUCGCCCGCCGCGACUCCACCCAUCUGUACUACUACCAGGUCCAACGACAGCCGCCGUACGAAUGCACCCUCCGUGGCAAACAGAAUCUGGCGCCCCAUUCCAACGCCUGGAUCGCCUUCUCCCCGUCCUGUCUCGCCCUCAGCCCCCAUGACCCGGGCCUCUUGGCUAUCGCUACCUCUACUUUGCCGCAUAUGAAGGUUAUCAUUGUGCGGCUUCUGUUCCCGGCUACAGGGAGCUUAGAUGAGAGCGCGGAGCCGGAGACACAAGCUACGCAGGCUCUCGCGGCGCUGUCGCUUCAGAACCGCGAGGACGCUGCCAUUACGGCGUAUUCGACGCCGCAGGUUGCUUGGAGACCGGAUGGGUCGGGGGUCUGGGUUAAUGGGGAUGAUGGGGUGAUUCGGGGGCUGGAGGCUAGGACGGGGAAGGUGGUUACGGUGUUGAAGGAUGGGCAUGUGGCUGGGUCUAAGAUUCGGACGAUCUGGGCGGGUUGGGUGGAUGUUUUGAGGGAUGGGGAGAUUGUGAGGGAGGAGUGGUUGGUUAGUGGGGGGUUUGAUAAGAGGUUGAUUGUCUGGAAGGCUUGA